CAGGACACUUUGCUGUGUCUUCUGUCUCCUCAGUUUCUCACAGGGAUGAUGAACGGAUACUUGUGGUCUGGAGGGAAUCAGGACAGAGGCCUAUAGGGGACACCGGGGGAACGUCCCCUUCUUCUGAGGUCUCAGGACAGCGUGGGACGAGAUGAAAGGACGCUGCCGGUGAGGGAUGUAUGCGACAUCAGCUUUUAUAUACUCUGGUCAGGUUCUCCGGAUGAUAGCUAUGAGAUGUGAAUUGCUCUGGUCAGCCUGUUGUGGGAUGGAUGUUCUACGUGAGAGGUUGAUGAGGUAACCGGAAGGAGUCGCUACCAAUCUCCAGUACGUUUGGUUCCCGUUUUUUGGUCUGGAAGAGUAGUCGUAGCUAUGGGAAUGACCAGCGCCGUCGGGAGCUUCUUCUGCAAGAUCCGCUUCCUGCUUCUUAUUGCUGUGUGUAUAACGAUCGUGGGCUGGGCCACCUUCUAUGUAAGGGAAAGUACACGCUACACCCCCAAAUUCAGAACCUCAUUGGACAACUUCUGGAAAUACCCAUCCUCAGAAAAGAAAUUCGAGGGGAAUAGACCUCCGCCUGCUGAGGAACACAUUGCCCUGAAUGAAGCAGAUGUGAAGAUCUGCCCGGUGCUGUCCCCGCAACUCAAGGGGAUUGUGCCGCUAACGUUUCCACCAAACCUAAGUCUGGAGGAUGUGCAGAAGAAGUAUCCUAUGGUGAGCAAUGGCUACUACCGGCCAGAGACCUGCAGAGCCCAGCAGAAAGUAGCCAUUCUGAUCCCGCACCGGAACCGGGAGAAACACCUCACUUACCUGCUCGAUAACCUACACCCGUUCCUCCAGAGGCAGCAGCUGGACUACGCCAUUUACAUCAUUCAUCAGGCUGGAGAUGUGAAAUUUAACCGAGCCAAGCUACUGAACGUUGGGUACUUGGAGGCGUUAAAAGAAGAGAAUUGGGACUGCUUCGUAUUCCACGACGUGGACCUGGUGCCGGAGAAUGACUUUAACACUUACCUCUGCGACAGUGAACCCAAACACCUGGUGGUGGGCCGCAAUGCCACCGGAUACAAGUUAUGGUAUAAAGGCUACUUUGGAGGAGUCACUGCAAUGACCCGGAAACAAUUUUCCAAGGUGAACGGCUAUUCCAACAACUAUUGGGGCUGGGGCGGCGAGGACGAUGACCUGCGAUACAGGGUAGAAUUUGAAAAGAUGGCGGUUGUUCGGCCUCCUCCAGAAAUUGCCAGAUACACAAUGAUUUUUCACACCAGAGAUGCAGGCAAUGAGAUCAACAAGGAAAGGAUGCAGCUACUCAGGAAAGUGUCCAAGGUCUGGAAGAAGGACGGACUGAACUCCUGCACCUACAAGCUGCUCUCCAUCGAGCACGAGCCUCUGUACAUCAAUAUCACAGUUGACAUAGGAAAACCGCACCACUAGCUAGAAGAUGUUACCUCUCCUGGACUUUAUCGGAUGGUGCUGUUACUCAUCACUACAUUUAUCGGCAGAUUUAAUGACUGUUGUCGAUAAAACUUGCAGCCUAGACCAGACUGCCGGUAAUGCAGGCUCCUCGGGGGCGGGGUUUAUACACUCCUCAGUAGCAUCGAUCAAACACUCCGUUGGACCGUUUUCAGUGCAACUGGCCAUGUAGACCCCAGCACUGCCUGCCCUAGCCAUGACUUUUAACUUUCGUACUGUAGAACAAUCAAAGCUUUAUUAGACGGAUGUUUGUAUACAAUGGCGUACGACAAGACGAAUAUUCACAUUCCAGCUUUUUGUUAUACAGAUGUUCUUACAAUGGGGUAGACACUCACUGAUUACCUUUUCUGAUGCAAAAAUAAGUUAAAUUAAAGUAUGUUUUCAUUUUGAA